UCAGCGGCGGCGGCAGCGGUGGCGCCGGGCCUCUUUGUGCCGCCCGCGCCGGGCCCAGCGGGCUGGACCCGCCGCCGUCGCCCGCUGCCCGGCGCGGCUGCUCGGCGGCCCCCUGAGGGCGCGCUGCCGCCGCGGGGAGCGGCGGGGCGGGCCGCGGCCGCCUCCCUCCCUCCGCGGCUGCCUCGGGGGCCGCCCGCCUGCUUCCCCGCCCCGAGCCGGCCCUCCUGCCCCCGCCUCGUCCCUCUGCCCCCCAGCGCGGGCGCCGGCCCGGCGGGGCUUCUCCUCGGGGGGGUUGUGCCUGCCCCGCGCGUGGGUUUGGGGUGCGCGUGUGUCUCCCCGCGUGGGCGGGUGUCCCCCCCCACCCCCGCGUGGGCGGGUGUGUGCCGCCCCGCCGUGGGUGUCCCCCGGCCCCGCGGGAGCUGCCCGCCGCCGGGCGCUGGCGAUGGCGCUGCUGACAGCUUCCGUGCGCAGCUGAGGCGGCAGGGGCGAGCCCGCGGCCGAGGAGGAGAAAUGAGCCAUUUCCAGCGCUGGGUCAUACUCCUGCUCUCCGUGCUGCUGGAGUGUACAGAGGCCAAAAAGCAUUGCUGGUACUUUGAGGGAUUAUAUCCUACAUAUUAUAUAUGUCGCUCCUAUGAGGAUUGCUGUGGUUCAAGAUGCUGUGUAAGAGCUCUCUCUAUCCAGCGACUAUGGUAUUUUUGGUUCCUUUUGAUGAUGGGAGUUUUGUUCUGUUGUGGAGCUGGCUUCUUCAUCCGAAGGCGGAUGUACCCUCCUCCACUAGUAGAAGAACCUACUUUUAACGUGUCUUACACCAGACAACCAGUCAACACUGCAACAGGGUCACAACAACCUGGGGUGCCGUAUUACACAGAUCCAGGUGGACCUGCGAUGAAUCCCAUGGCUAUGGCUUUCCAUGUCCAGCCCAAUUCCCCCCAAGGGAACCCAGUUUAUCCACCCCCACCUUCCUACUGCAACACGCCACCUCCCCCCUACGAGCAGGUGGUGAAAUCCUCGACGUGAGGACUCUGUGGUCUUGGACCUGACUGUAUGAGAAGAAGGUGCCAUUGCAAAAUGACAGAGAUGGAGGGCAUCUGCCCUUUUGAACACUUGCUAAUUCUCUAAAUCCUCUCUCCCUCCCUUCCCUGCGCCUUUCCUCAUUAAAGUUACUUGCAAAGGGGUGAUUUUUUAAUUUUUUUUUUGUUUUUGCAGUAGAAGUGGAUUUUUUCUUUUGUCUUCAAAAUGAGAAGAGUCGUCUUUGUAAUGCUUUUAAUGGAAACCUAUAUUUAAAAUCUGUA